UAAAUAAAUACUCCCUUCCACACAACAAAGAGAGGAAGGAAAGAAAAGGAAGGAAAGGAAACGGAAACCGAUCACCCUCCCCUCAACCAACCAACCACCCACCCAACCAGCCAGGCGGCCGGCCGCCACCGUCAGCGAGCAGCUGCCGCGGCGGCGCUCACGCGUCUCCUCCCCCCCUAUUUAUAUCCGGCCUCGUCCCAUCUCCACCCUUUCCUCAGGCAGGCGCACAUCUAGCCCCUGCCCCCCUCCUUUCCCCACCCUAAUAAUAAUAUUUUUUUCCAAUCCCCGAAUUCCCCCCCCAAGAACUCCCUCGAUCCAAAAGGCACCGCCGAUUUUGGUAAUCUAGAAGGUUCUAGACGGGCGAGGAGGAUGCGGGUGCUGGAGGACGACAUGUUCCCGUCGACGCCGGGGAAGGUGAAGAUCGAGAGGGCGACGGCGAUGAACCGCCAGCUCCACCGCUGCUUCGCGUCGACCAGCACCAUGUUCCUCUGGGCGCUCUUCCUCGUCGCCAUGACCGCGUCGUACCUCAGCUUCCAGUCCUUCGUCGACACCUCGUCCAAGUACUUCGCCGCCUCCUGGGGCGGGCUGCACUGGGAGCGCCAGAUCCGCGCGUCCGCCGCGCCGAGGCGGCCGCCCGGGUCGGCGGCGGGCGCGGGGAUGUCGGUGCUCGUGACGGGCGCCGCCGGGUUCGUCGGCACGCACUGCUCCCUCGCGCUCCGCAAGCGCGGCGACGGCGUCGUCGGCAUCGACAACUUCAACUCCUACUACGACCCCUCGCUCAAGAAGGCGCGCAGGUCGCUGCUCGCCUCGCACGGGGUGUUCGUCAUCGAGGGCGACAUCAACGACGGCCGCCUCCUCGCCAAGCUCUUCGACGUCGUGCCCUUCACGCACGUGCUCCACCUCGCGGCGCAGGCGGGCGUGCGCUACGCCAUGGAGAACCCGGCGUCCUACGUGCACUCCAACAUCGCCGGCCUCGUCACCCUCCUCGAGGCAUGCAAGGACGCCGACCCGCAGCCGGCCAUCGUCUGGGCCUCCUCCUCCUCCGUCUACGGCCUCAACGACAAGGUGCCCUUCACGGAGAGCGACCGCACUGACCAGCCGGCGUCGCUGUACGCCGCCACCAAGAAGGCCGGCGAGGAGAUCACCCACACGUACAACCACAUCUACGGCCUCUCCAUCACCGGACUCCGCUUCUUCACCGUGUACGGGCCAUGGGGGCGGCCGGACAUGGCCUACUUCUCCUUCACCCGCAACAUCCUGCAGGGGAAGCCCAUCACGGUGUACCGCGGCAAGAACCGCGUCGACCUCGCCCGCGACUUCACCUACAUCGACGACAUCGUCAAGGGCUGCCUCGGCUCGCUCGACACGGCCGGGAAGAGCACCGGCACCGGGGGCAAGAAGCGCGGGCCGGCGCCCUACAGGAUCUUCAACCUCGGCAACACCUCGCCGGUGACGGUGCCCAACCUGGUGUCCAUCCUGGAGAAGCACCUCCGCGUGAAGGCCAAGAAGAACGUGGUCGAGAUGCCCGGCAAUGGCGACGUGCCAUUCACGCACGCCAACAUCUCCCUCGCGAGGCAGCAGCUCGGCUACAAGCCGACCACCAACCUCGACGUCGGGCUCAAGAAGUUCGUCAAGUGGUACCUCUCCUACUACGGCUACACCAGGGGAUCCAAGAACUUGUGACUAUAAUCCGCCCUAAUUCUUCUGCUAAUUCUUUUCUUUUUCUUUCUUCUUUUUUUCUUCUUAUUCUCUGGCCAUCCAGUGGUCGAUUCCACUCCAGGAUCAAAACAUUAACAUUCUUAUUUCGACUUUUUUUUUGGGGGAAAUAUUUUAGGAUGUUCUUUGGAAUACUGGGGGGAAUUCUUUUCUUGGGGGAGGGGAGGGAGGAAGAAGAAAGCAAUGGAGAGCAGCAUUUUUCUCUUCCUUUUCCCUUUAUCUUCUCCAUGCUCUUCUGUAAAUUUCGUUCUCCAUAACGUUUCACACCCUCGAAUUUUUUGUGUGUAA